AUGCGAAUUCGCCUACAGCAUUGCAGGAGACCACAAGAAAAACGACCCCCAGGUAAGCUAAAUGUUGGCUUGUUUUCUUUGCCUGCUCACCAUCUUCAUUUCAGCAAUGAGCUAGCUCAACGGCUAGACAACCUUCCAAUCGCUGCCGACGCCGCCGCCGCCGAGAACGCUUCUGUGGAAAAUCGCUGGUGUUAACUGCGAGACACGGUCCAGGUGACGGCGCUCGCCGUCCUCGGUCGCGCUCCCCGCUAACACCAGGACUUGGUCGACGAAAACGAUGCCACCAUCAGAAAACAGCUUGCUGAGAAGAACCGCCUACCCAAAGCCAACGUAGAUCACUCCACCGAGGACAACAAAGCUGCUUUCUACCGCUGUCGCCGCCAACUUCAGCAAAGACUGCGCGAGAUGCAGGACGCCUGGACUACGCCAAAAUCUGAGGAGAUCCUAAGGAUACGCGGACCGCAACGAAUGGAAGAACAUCUUCUCCGCAAUCAAAGCUGUCUACGGUCCGCCGACGAAGGGCACUGCUCCUCUCCUCAGCGCCGACGGCAGCACUCUUCUGACUGAGAAGACGCAAAUCCUGCAGCGAUGGGCCGAGCAUUUCCGAGGCGUCCUCAACCGCCCCUCCGCCAUCUCCGACGCCGCCAUCGAGCGUUUGCCGCAAGUGCAGACCAACGCGCAACUCGACCUCCCGCCAUCUCUCCAGGAAACCAUCAGGGCCGUGCAACAGCUCUCCAGCGGGAAAGCACCCGGAGCGGACGCGAUCCCUGCUGAGGUCUACAAGCAUGGAGGUCCCCAACUCAUGGAUCUCCUGACUGCGCUCUUCCAGGAGAUGUGGCGUCAAUGUGAAGUCCCGCAAGAUUUCAAGGACGCAACCAUCGUGCAUUUCUACAAACAAAAAGGCAACUGCCAACUCUGCUACAAUCGCCGUGACAUCUACUUACUGAACAUAGCUGGGAAGAUCUUCGCUCGCAUCCUUCUCAACUGCCUCAAUAACCGCCUGGAACUGGGCCUUCUGCCGAACACGGUAAAUCGUGAAGGACUGUGGAAGAUCAUGCAGGAAUUCGGCUGUCCGGAACGAUUCACGCAGAUGGUACGUCAGCUGCACGACGGUAUGAUGGCGCGAGUCACGGACAACGGAGCUGUGUCAGAGGCAUUCGCAGUGACCAACGGAGUGAAGCAGGGAUGCCUGCUGGCGCCUACCCUCUUUAGUCUUAUGUUCUCUGCCAUGCUGAUGGACGCCUUCCGCGACGAAUGCCCUGGAAUCCGCAUCGACUACAGGACGGACGGUCACCUCCUGUAUCAACGACGGAUGCACUUCCAAUCGCGCGUAUCCACAACUACCGUUCACGAACUCCUCUUCGCCGCUGACUGCGCCCUGAACACCAUCUCGGAAGAGGAGAUGCAACGGAGCGUGGACCUGUUCUCCGCCGCCUGCGAGACCAUCGGUCUAAUCAUUAACACGCAGAAGACGGUGGUGAUGCAUCAACCGCCACCCAACUCAGCCACAGCCCACAAAGCGCCGUCGCAAAUCAACGUAAAUGGGACCCAACUGAAAGUGGUGGAGAACUUCCCGUUCCUGGGCAGUUAUCUCUCCCGCAACACCAAGAUCGAUGACGAAGUCGCCAACACGAUCUCGAAAGCCAGUCAAGCCUUCGGUCGUCUCCAAAGCACAGUUUGGAAUCGUCACGGUCUUCAACUGAACACGAAGCUGAAGAUGUACAAGGCCGUCAUCCUGCCGAUGCUACUGUACGGAGCAGAGACCUGGACGGUGUACACGAGGCAGGCAUGCCGGCUGAACCACUUCCACCUCAGUUGUCUUCGUCGCAUUCUGAGGCUGAACAGGCAGGAUCGCAUCCCCGACACUGAUGUGCUGGAACGAACGGGAAUGCUCAGCAUCUUCUUCAUCUUGAGACAAAUGCAGCUGCGCUGGAGCGGAUACCUGGUGCGCAUGGACGACGAGCGACUACCAAAACGACUCUUCUACGGAGACGUCGCAAUGGGUUCUCGUCGUCAAGGAGGCCAAAUUCGCCGUUACAAGGAUACCCUGAAGUCCUCACUGAAGCGCCUGCAAAUCAACCCGACGAACUGGGAAGAGCUCGCCCGCAGUUGUCCGACAUCGAGGAGAACAGUGAAGACGGGCACUGCUAUCUAUGAAGCCAACCGCAUCGCUGCCGCCAAAAUGAAACGCGAAGCACGCAAAUCACAACUUCGCCGUGUACGCAACGCCGCCGCGCAACCGCUUCCAACGUGUCCUCGAUGUCAACGGACAUUCCGGGCACGAAUCGGCGUUGUUGGACAUCUUCGGAUCAAAUGUACCUCUCGAACUGCACCAAACAUCGUCCUCCCGCACGCCUCAUCCUCGUCCUCUCUGCCGCCAUCUAACUCUGAAAAUUCUUCUGUACCACCACUUCCAUCCUCCUCCUUGUCCUCCUCCUACUCCUCCUCCUCCUCCACUGCCCCAACGACGGCCGCCCAGCCGUCUGUCGCGCAAGACAACACCGCACACACCCCUGACACAACACCAGACAUCAGCCCUUCAGCAUCCGACUCCAGACGUGAGGACCAGGACUAA